UCUUUGGAGCAUUAAAGUCUUUGCACUGGUGUCUGGAAAAUGAGUGACUGGGAGAAUGUCAAUAAGGUCUGGCCUGUGGUGGAGUCGAACAUAACUGCAGUUGGGCAGAAGAUUCUACUGCGAUUAUUCGAGGACCACCCAGACACUAAAGCCGUUUUCCCCAAGUUUAAGGAAAUCCCUGUGGAACAGCUAAAGAACAAUGAGGAUCUCCGCAAACAUGGAACCAUCGUUCUCCGGGCUCUUGGCAAUAUUUUUAAACAGAAGGGGAACCAUAGUGUCAAUGUGAAGGAACUUGCAGAAACUCAUAUCCACAAACACAAAGUCCCACCCCAGAACUUCACUUUCAUCACCAACGUUGCCUUGAUCAUCUUGACUGAGAUGUACCCGAGUGAGAUGACUAAACCAAUGCAGGAUUCAUUCUCGAAAGUUUUCAAAAUCAUCUGCUCUGACCUCGAGCAAUUGUACAAGGCGGCUAACUUCCAGGGUUAAAGAGGGCAGUGCACUCCUGAGCCUGCAUCUUAGCUAAUAACGAGUAGUUUAUCUAUGGCAGCUUGGUAGAGGCGACUACACAGCUAUUAAUAUUUACAUGGUGAAUUCAUCCACAAUGUAACAAAUGUGUGCAAAUAUUGUUAGAUAAUUACAUACUCACGCUUGCUUUGUGAAUUCCUGCCUGUUCUUCCACUUUGAAGACCCACAGAUUCCCAAGAAAUCCUCACUCCACUGUGUAACAUCAUGCCAUUGAAUUCCAAAGUAGGCACUAGGGUUCAAACCCUGAUUCUACAUUUGACAAGGCUCCAAACCUCCAGGCCUGCUUCAGUCAGUCAGUAAGGUCACAGUUCAUCGUGGACAUCAGUGCUAAUUGCCUGCACUAUCCCCAUAUUCCUCAAUUGCCCUAAGUGCUGAAAAUGAAGUACACUUUUCUAAGUUUGCAGCUUAAAUCUGAACUGCUGAUGCUGCCACACCAUGGCUCAGCAACUAAUCUGUUGCAUUGUGAUGCCAAGAUCCGUGUCCUUCCCUUAAUUUAGAGGGAUUUUAGGAUCUGCUUUUCAAAUAUGAAUUACUGAAGGGGAUUUAGUUGCCUGGAUUGUUUUUGGCUGCUUCUGACUUAACACUGUCAGCGUUUUCAGAUAUUGGGUCAUAAAUAAUUUGAAUCCUAAAACAUCUGGAAGAUGCUGUAACUGUGCAGACUGGGAGAUUUAAAAAUGGUUAAGUGCUGUUGGCUGUACAUAGUCACCAUCUCCCUCAGAGAUUGUCAGAGGCUCUAUGGCACUGGUCUGAUCACAGGGUUAGGGGUCUCAGAGCAACAACAGCUCAUUGUAACCCAAGCCAUUACGUUCAGCUUUUAUUGCACAGGGAGUCUGUACUAGGGUGCUAGGGUUCAGAUUUUGUGAUCCUCCUCCUACUGGAUAAGAAAUCUAGUGAGAUCCAGUGGCAUUGUACACAACUCAUCAAUGUGAUAUGGAAAUUCCCACAGAAAUGCUGUGAACAAUUUUGCUCACUCCAGCCCAAAGCUUAACAGGCACUAGGAUGAUCAGAUCACAGUUUGUUCAGUGCACUACUUGGGUACUUUACAGAUACUCCAUCCCAGGUCAAAAGUGGUAAAUUUCAAUGGGUGGGCCAGUGGUGUUGCACUGCAUUAAAUGGGAGCUGCUUGCACCUGUACAUUCUGUGGAAAUAGCCCACAGAGGAUUGUUUUGGUCAAAUAUGGCAACAGUUAACAAUUGAUGUACUGUGCCUUGUGCAGAGUUGUACAAAAGAGUAUUUCUACUCGAGAAAAAUGGUAACAAAAACAGCCAACUUGCCUUGCUUUCUGCGGAAGGAGUUGGAUUUUUGAGGAUUGGACUAACCUUGUUUGGAUAAGAAGGAUCUCACACAAAGUUUAUUGAUCAAAUUGUACAUGAAAAGUUCUAAUAAAGAAUACACUCUGCUGUA